AUUCAAAAACUAAUCACUGAAAAUACUUGAAAUUUUCACCAGAUGUUAAUGUCAGUGGUAUCUGUAUAUAGUUAAAUUUUCAAAAAAUUUUGACUUUUUUUGAGUUAUUUAUAGACCACUGAAAUUUUCGUUUUUUUUGAGAAAUUUUUUUUAAAGUGUCAAUAAAAAAUUGUUGGAUGACCAAAAAGUUUUGAAAAUUUAAUACAAGGUUCCUUAUGAGUUGUUUUUAUUGUAGUUAAAAAAAAUUAAAAAUUGUUAGUCACAAUUUUUUUUUAUAAGAGUUUAUAAUUCAAAUUUUUACGAAAUCUGUCGAAAACACAAAAAUUUGCAAGUAAUUUUGAAGUUGAAAAAUAAUAAAAUUUUUUUCUUUUAUAACUAAGUUUUGAAAAUUUGGUACAAGGUUCUCCAUACAUUUUUCUUCAAAUAUCUGUAAAAAAAACUACUGGAUUCAGACAAAAAAAUUUUAUGAAUGUUUGAAAUUUAAAUUUUUACAAAACCGCGUUAAAUAACGGUUUAGCCUCAAACGAUUUUUGAUAUUUGUUAUAAUUCAAAAAGUAUAAGUCGUAGAUACUUGAAAAUUUUACCAGUUAUUUAGAUUGGCAUUUUAUUUACUUGAUUUAAUUUUCAAAAUAUUUUGAGUUUUUUUGAGCUAUUUAUAGACAACUGAAAUUUUCAAUUUUUCUGAAAAUUUUUUUCAAUUUUUUUUGACGAAAAUUCGUCAAAAUUAUGAAUAUUUGCAAAUUAUUUUGUAUAAACCACCUUUUUCACCAACAACUGGAAAUUAUAUCCUAGGCUGACAAAUCAUCUUCGUUCAGAAUCGUCUUUCGUAUACAAUGAUACCUAUCAUUGCAUUCAAAUUUAACCUACCCUAGUCCGAGGUCAACCCCACCCCUAAUGUACAGCAGCACGGUACCCACUUGCCCGCUUUUUUGCGGUUGAACCGUCACAAAGGUGCCGAACUACGUUAGCAUUACUUGGCCCCAAUUGUUACUUAGCCCCUUUGUAAGGACAUCUGGACAUACCUAUCUAGGGUCCCCGUCCUUGAGUAUGAAUACAAAACUGAAAAGACCCUGCAGGUGGUAGCCUUGCCUUGCCUACCUUAACAACCCCACCAACAUUCUUUUUGAUUAUUAUACUCUACAAAUGCAUAUUACUCUUUACAACAUUGGUGCUGGACGGGCUAGUGUCAUUACUAUUUUAUUCGUCUUGUGGUUAACACGUGUCCUAGUGCAUUUAACUAUAAUAUAUCAAACAUUUUUUACUGUUACCUAUAUCAAAAUGCCAAGUUGUUUUGUGUGUGGUCGAUCAAGUAAUUCCAAAAACAAAGAUCUUGGAAUAAGUUUCCAUCAAAUUCCAAAGAAUGAGAAUCAUCGGUCUCAAUGGUUGGAUUUUAUUCAAAAAUGUAGUGUUGACCAUUUAAAAAUUAAGACCAAGAGCAUUAUUUGCUCUGAACAUUUUACAAAGGAUUGUUUUAAAAAUUAUAAACGCACAAGAUUAUUAAAUGAAACCGCUGUUCCAUCCAUUGCAGUUAAUCGUUUAAAAUCAGCAAAAAUUGAAAUUCCUGAGGUGAGUUAUACACUUGGUGAUAGUAACUCAAAUCCUUGUUCCAUUAAAUCUCUAACUAUUGACCAUGAUAGUAUUCAAAUGGAAGGUGUUCAACAACUUGAUGAAUUAAGUGUUCAGCAACCGUCAUGCUCCUCAAAUACCAUUUCUACUGACUGUAACCAGUUCACAUGUGAACCAUCAACAUCAUUUUUAAUGAAGCCUCCUACUCAGAAAGUAAAUUCUAGGUCUUUGAAUUUUGAAUUUGUGCAAGAAAUCAACAAUGAUUCGCCAAGAAAAAAAUAUUUAAAAAGAACAAUAUCUUCCCUAGUUCGUGAAAACUUCAAUCAGAAGAAAAAAAUCAAGGUUCUAAAUCAACAACUAAGACGUCAAAAAAAACAAAUUUCCUCAUUGAAAAGUGUUGUUCAAGUUUUGGAAAAUAAAAAUUUAGUCCAUCAAGAUCAAGCAGACAUCAUAGACAGCAAUUUCAGAAACUGAAAAGUGUCAUCUAGGUAAUAAAUUAAAAAAGGAACAUGUUUUUUUUUUUUAAAAAAAAUGAAAGUUAAAUUAGCCAGUCAACUUCUAUCAAAUUCAGUAGCAGAUGCUUUAUUAUUCUGUAAAGAUAAUUUAAAACUUAA